AUGAAUUACACUCGAUAUUUAAGCAAAAAAUAUGGUCAAAUUACUGAUAAGAGCCGUAACUUAAUUUGGUUUUUACAGAUUUCGGAUAUACAUAUUAGUAUAUUCAGAGAUCCUGGUAGAAUAUCACAAUUUCAACAGUUUUGUGAUAAUACUGUUAAAAAUAUUAAGCCAACUGUUGUAUUAGCGACUGGUGAUCUCACAGAUGCCAAAGCAAAGGAUAAUCUGGGUAGCUCCCAAGUUAAAACUGAAUGGAUUUAUUAUCACAACAUCAUCCAAGAAUCUGGAGUUAGUAAAAAUACCAUCUGGUUAGAUAUAAGGGGAAAUCAUGACAAUUUCAACAUUAGAACGAUAAAUGCCGAGGAGAAUUACUUUAGAAAUUACUCCGUUCAGGGUGUGAAACAUCCGAAAUCUUACGUUCACAUUUUAAAUGAGAACGGAGUGAGUGUUGCCUUCUUGGGCAUCGACGCUUGCCCGGAACCUGGCAUCCGGCGGCCAUUCAAUUUUAUCGGCAUCCUUGACGCUGAAGAGCAACACCACUUGCACAGGCUGAAGCUUGAAGCGGAAUCGAAUACCGACCACAUCGUGUGGUUUGGCCACUACCCAACGUCAUGUAUACUAUCCCUCGAGAAGGACUCGCAGGUCUUAAACUUGCGCCAAUUCAUCGGCAGCAGUCUGGGGUCUCAAGUAUACGUCUGCGGCCACCUACACUCGAUGGGCGGCCUAGUUCCCAACAUGUACACCAUACAGAGGAAGGGGUUCCUAGAACUGGAGCUGGGCGAUUGGAAAGACAACCGGAUGUACCGCUUGGCGGCCAUCGACCACGGUGUGUUCUCCUUCGUGGACCAGGCUCACAACACGUGGCCAGUAGUACUCGUGACCAACCCGAAGCACGCUCAAUACGCGAUGCCAGGCCGCGAGCCUCUGAAUUUGGUGCACGACUCCACUCACGUGCGUGUCCUAGCGUUCAGCGACGUGGACAUAGAAACGGUUCAGGUGUCCUUCGACAAGAUAAACUGGUUCGACUGCGAGGCCAGCCAGCGGCCUUUAUACGUGUGCCGGUGGCAGCCGAAGUUAUACGACAACGGAGUCCACUACUUGCACGUUCUUGCGAUGGACGAGGUUGGCAGGAAAGCGGUAGUCGAACACCCAUUCUCUUUGGACGGCCGGAUUUUGCAACAGUUCAAGAUCACCUCGAGAAUUCUGCUUAUGGUGGAUGCGGGAACAGUGUUUCAGAUAGUAUUCGGUGCACUGCUCAUGUUCAACGUUGUGCCGUUGAUUAUAUUGAGGCUGCAGAAGAGGCCGCCCAAGUAUCGCAGGAGAGUUGGCUCCAGAAUCCUCCGCCGAAUUUGGUUGCUGUCGAAGAUCGACAGCGUGUUAUAUCCGGUCGUUUUGUACGCGCUGUACGUACCGUUCGGGCCGUGGGUGAUUGGCGAGCUGAUAGACGGCUACAUAGGCGCGGUCUUCGCGUGGGGUAUAUUAAUCAAGGGCGCAUACAUACCGGAACCGUUUACUUACAUGUACGGGAGUGUUCAGCUGAUGUUCGUCCAGAUACCCUUAGUUUUCGUCCUGGCCUACUGCUUGGAGAUUCGUCUGUAUGGGCAGAACUCGAGGGGCUGGAGGCGGCUGAUAAAGAAUUUGCCCUUCGUGUUCUUGCUGUCCAUCCAGCUAUUGCUGGCCUACUUCUACUGGCUCGAGUAUGGCACGAUGGCCUUAUUGUUGGGGCCGCUGAGGACGUGGAGCGUGUUCCUGAAUGUUCAUCUGUGGUAUAAGACUCUAACACUGCCCCAGGAGUAUUGCAGGAAUCUAUUAAAAUUGAACGAUUUGCCGUCGUCU